GGGAGGCGGAUUCGCCCCGAGAUGCCGGAGUUCCUGGAGGACCCCUCGGUCCUGACGAAGGAGAAGUUGAAGAGUGAGUUGGUCGCCAACAAUGUGAUGCUCCCGGCCGGGGAGCAGCGCAAAGACGUGUACGUGCAGCUCUACCUGCAGCACCUCACGGCGCGCAACGGCCGCCGGCCGCCGCUCGCCGCCGGCGCCAACAGCAAGGGGCCCCCGGACUUUUCCAGCGACGAGGAGCGCGAGCCCACCCCGGUCCUCGGACCCGGCGCCGCUGUCGCGGGCCGCAGCCGGGCCUCCGUCGGCAGGAAAGCCACAAAGAAAACUGAUAAACCCAGACUAGAAGAUAAAGAUGAUGUAGAUGUAGCAGAGCUCACUAAUGAAGACCUUCUGGAUCAGCUGGUGAAAUAUGGAGUGAAUCCUGGUCCUAUUGUGGGAACAACCAGGAAGCUAUAUGAGAAAAAGUUGUUGAAACUGAGGGAACAAGGAACAGACUCAAGAUCGUCUACUCCUUUGCCAUCUAUUUCUUCUUCAGCAGAAAAUACAAGACAGAAUGGAAGUAAUGAUUCUGACAGAUACAGUGACAACGAAGAAGGAAAGAAGAAAGAACACAAGAAAGUGAAGUCCACUAGGGAUUUUGUUCCUUUUUCUGAACUUCCAACUACUCCCACUGGUGGAUUUUUUCAGGACUCUAAAAUAGAGCUCAAGCUUGAGAAGAGAGAACCACUAAAGGGCAGAGCAAAGACUCCAGUUACACUCAAGCAAAGAAGAGUUGAGCACAAUCAGAGCUAUUCUCAAGCUGGAAUAACUGAGACUGAAUGGACAAGUGGAUCUUCAAAAGGCGGACUUCGGCAGGCAUUAACUAGGGAGUCCACGAGAGGGUCGAGAAGAACUCCGAGGAAAAGGGUGGAAACUUCAGAACAUUUUCGUAUAGAUGGUGCAAUAAUUUCAGAGAGUACUCCCAUAGCUGAAACUAUAAUGCCUUCAAGCAACGAAACCUUAGUUGUCAAUAGGGUGACUGGAAAUUUCAAGCAUGCAGCUCCUAUUCUGCCAAUCACUGAAUUCUCAGACAUAUCCAGAAGAACACCAAAGAAACCAUUGACAAGAGCUGAAGUGGGAGAAAAAACAGAAGAAAGAAGAGUAGAAAGGGAUAUUCUUAAGGAAAUGUUUCCCUUUGAAGCAUCUACACCAACAGGAAUUAGUGCUAGCUGCCGCAGACCGAUCAAAGGGGCUGCAGGCCGGCCGUUAGAAUUCAGUGAUUUCAGGAUGGACGAGUCUUUUUCAUCUAAAUACAUUCCUAAGUAUGUUCCCUUGGCAGAUGUCAAGUCAGAAAAGACAAAAAAGGGACGCUCCAUUCCCAUGUGGAUAAAAAUUCUGCUGUUUGUUGUUGUGGAUUUUUUGUUUUUGGUCUAUCAAGCUAUGGAAACCAACCAAGUAAAUCCAUUCAGUAAUUUUCUUAAUGUCUCCGGAAAAUCCAACUGAAUGAUCUCUCUUUGGCACAUUCAACUUGGUCUCCUAUUUUUUUUAAUAACUGUAUAAAAAAAUUUGUGUAUACUCAUUAACUCAAGAACAAAAAAUAAUGUGAUUUCCCCUCAGUAAAUGUAGUAUUCCAUUGAAAAGCAAACACGACGCAUAAAUGGCUUCAUUUAAAUGUUUUGGACUUUGGACUAGUAGGAGAUCACUUCGUGCCAUAUGAAUAAUGUUUUUUAGCUCUGAAACUUUUUUGUAGGCUUUAUUUUUUUAAUGUGGACAUCUUCAUUUUUGAGAAAAAUGUCUGUGUAUUUGGGAAACGAGAAGUGCAAAUCAUGGUAGUAUAAUGUGAAGCUACACAUUUAAAUACUUUAAAUCUUACAGAAAAGAUUUAUUCUCUGCUGAAUAAAAACUUUAGAGAUAUGUGAAACAUGAAAUUCAGUAAGAGAAAAAGUAACUUGGGGUUGUACUUUUUGUAAUUGCAACAGUUUGAUGGUGUUUAUGGGGGAAAGUACAGCAAUAAUCUCUUCUGUAAUUUUUAUUAAUAGUAAUGUUGUUGUAGCCCUAUUGUACUCAUUUUUUAAAAGAUUUCUAGUAUCAUGAAUUUCCUACUUCAGUAAGACCCAUUUAAAUACACUUGAUUUUUAGCAGGGAUCUUUGUGCAACAUAUACAUAUGUGUUAGAGAACUGUUAGGUGACUGUAUGUGUUUUUAAAAGCUGGAGCUAUAAGGCAAUUAUUGGAAACUUACACUUUUUAUUUACAACAAAACAUUUAUUCUGUCAAUCCAGUUUGCUACCAAAUACCUUUAAAUAAUAUGUGUGUGCGUCUGUUUAGAAGUUAGAAACGUUAGUCGUUGGUCUUAGGUUCCAUUUGGAUUGUUAUUGCAUUGUCUUCUGUUACCAGUAACAAAUUUUGCCGUUUUUUUCCCCUGUAUUUCUGAACAUAAUUUGAUUUGAAAGUGCAAGAAGUAUUUGCUUUUUAAAUUACAUAGUAAACUUUUCUUGGAUACACAAUAGUUAAUACAUAAAUUUAUAAACUCAAAAUUUGAGGUGGGCAUUAUGAUUUUUGUGUACUCUUGAAAUGGUUGCUUUAUUUUAUUUUUUUAGCUAAAACUUACCUUGUGCAUAUCUUGGUUAAGUAAAGUACUAGGUAAUUGAAAUUUCAGUAGAAUCAAGUGAAACACAAAUUUUAAACUUACUCAUUUGAGUUUCAACUUUACCGUCAUUGACCAUAAAGCACACUAAAGAUGUAAGUUAUUUUUAAAUAUCAUCUGAAAUAAAAAGGUUUAAUAAAGGAACAAGCUGAAGAUGUAUAUUUACACCAGCACACAAUUUUAAUUUGUAUUAGCCCUUUCUGAUAUUUAGCUUUUAGAUAUUUUCACUUUGUAAUUGGCCAGAAACAUCUGUAGAUUUGUUCCCACAGGGGAAGUGGGAAACUUAACUCUGAGAUCAGAAAUGCUUGCCUCUCUGAGUAAAAGUCUUUCUUUGAGAUGAGCCACAGAGGGGGCACAUUUUACUCAACCUUUCUGCUGUAUAGUAGUAGCCUACUUCUACUUUCUUUUUCUCUAACCUUGUCUCCCAUAUUAUUUUCAAUCUUGUUUAUAAUUAGAAAUUGUGACAAGCUGCAUUUAAUGUUUAAAAAUGUGGGAAGAUAAAUCAGACUUAAUGUAUAUGUAAGAUCAAUUUUCUAAUAGGAAAGCUAUGGUCCUAAAUAGCAAAAGUAGGACCAGGUAAAACAUCUAGACUUUUUUUUAAUAUGUACUUGGUCUUUUGUCUGUGUCUGUUUUAUUCCACUAGAAUAAAUGUGUCCUUGAUGUAAAUGCAAAGCAUUUCUUCCUGAUUAAAAUGUAGAUGUAGACUUUACAAUAUCAUUCAAUAAUAAAAAAGUAAUUAACC